AACAACUUUAUCAAGAUAUAAAAAUGUUUUAAAUACAAUAAAUAAAUAAAAUACCGUGCUGAAUGCAAUGUGAUUGACGACAGCAGGAUUCGAACAUAUGUGCUGAAUAUGGUUGAUACUGCUGAUCAACAACUUACUUUGCCGAAAGUAGUUAUCCAGCUUUCCCGACGACGGAAGGUCUGUUCCCAAUUCGAAAUCGCCCCUGCCCCCAACCUCGCCGAUCACAAGCGGACGAUGCUCGGCCCUGCCGGCGCCGACUUUGCGUCCUCCUCCUUGCCGCCUCUGGUGGACGCGGGCGACGAGGGGAUGCGCACGGCGGUGGCGAAGGUGGAGCGCAUGCUUGCUUACUCGUUCCGGGACCCGAGGCUUCUGGAGGAGGCUUUGACCCACUCGUCCGACACGGAGCACCCGUCGUACCAGCGCCUAGAGUUCCUGGGGGACGCCGCCCUUUGUCUCGCAUUCACCAACUACGUCUACCUCAACAACCCGGGCGCUGGCCCCGGCCAGCUCACCGUCCUCCGCGCCGCGAACAUCUCCACCGAGAAGCUCGCCCGCGUCGCCGUCCGCCACGAUCUCUACCGCCUCGUCCGCCGCAACUCCCCCAUGCUCGAUCAGAUUGUGGACGAGUUCACUCAAUCGGUUCUUAGAGAAAGGGAUGAGGACUUGGGAUGUCUGCACCACGGCGGCAGCAGCGUCAAAGCCCCCAAAGUUCUCGCCGACAUCGUGGAGUCCAUCACCGCCGCCGUCUACGUCGACUGCGAUUUCAAUCUUAAGACGCUCUGGAGGGUAAUUAGGAGCAUGUUGGAGCCGAUAAUUACGUUGGAGACUUUGGAUGAGCAGCCGGUGACGACACUCUACGAGCUCUGCCAGAAGCGUGGGAAGAGCGUCUACUUCAAGAACUGGAAGAAGGGACAGACGAACGUGAUGAAUGUGUUUGUCGAUGACAAGCUCAUUGGAAUUGGGUCAUCCGAGCAGAAGAUAAUCGCGAAGCUCAACGCUGCGAGGGAUGCGCUGGAGAAACUGUUAUGCCCCGAGGCGGAGUAUAUGGAUAUGGAGCCGAGUUUGCCGAGAGGGGAUGAAGCAGGAGAGCAGGUAGAAGGAUCAAAGCAGAAGCUCAGUGAGCUGUGCAGCAAGAAUCGUUGGCCGAGGCCGGUCUACAAGAUACUCGUGCCAAGACAAAGUUCCUCCAACAUCGAGGAAAGAGCUCAAGAUUAUGAAGAUGGAGAUUUAAUGAUGAUUCCUUUAUAUGAAUAACCAUUUAUUGAGCAUGAUAGUACAGAUUUAUCAUCGAAAUUUGAAAUAAAUAAAAAUUUAUCUUUUGGUGGAAUAUUCUCAUUUUUUGUGCUUGAGCAAUCUCACAUCUUCUUCCCUCAGGUCCUCCAGUUCUCCCCUUUGUGUUAUCCCUGGUCCAUAUUCUUUUCUAGCUAGCAUUAGAGUUCAAGGCAUCUUAUAUUACUUAGUAUCAAAAAAGUUGGAGUUUUUCAGCAAUGUUUAAUAUCAGAGUAAGUUUGAUUCCUUGGACAAAGCAAUUUCAGUUCCUAGCACCAAGUGAGUUUGAUCCCUUGUGUUAAGAGUUUGAUCAUGCAAGCUUAUUUGCUUCUGGAUGAAUGAAGUUUUUUUAUGAUUUGGAUUGUCAAUGGCUGAAAAUUUCAAUGGACAAUCAUGUGACUUCAGUACUGACCUUUAAGAAGAUCGCCUGGCAGAAAUCUGGGAUCCUCCAUUUUUCCAAGAUGUAAUUCUUCAUUUGGAAUGAACAUGACACUGUUAAAGAAUAUUUCAUAGAUCUUGUGCAUAGAAAUGGGAAGCAAACCUAAAAUGAAAACUAAAGACGAAACAAAUGAAAUUGAAACUGUGACUGCAAUCUGCUCAAAUAUUUAGGUACACAAAUUUUGAAUUAUCUUAAAAGGGGAUAUGAUUCUUGGAAACACAUCAAGCUCAAGGGAACAAAUAAAAAAAACAAAUGAGAUUCUCCCCUCUCUCUCAAAAAAAAAAAAAAAAAAAGAAAAAGUUGAAUGAGGUCGAAACUUGCAUAACUAAUCGAGUCGUUGACUGGAAUAUGCAUAGAUAUGCAGUAACACAAAAAGAAUAUUCUAAGAGGAAAAUGAGGAAUGUCAAAUAUGUAUGAACAAUUGUUAACAUGAGAUGAAGACCUCUCUCUCUCUCUCUCACGCGCACGCACACAAAGAUACUUUUACAAUAAUAUCUGAAUUAACUAUUGGCUUCUUUCUGUUUUUCCAAUCAUGUAUGUGUCAUAUCUUUGUAUGUGUUUCUUUUUUCCCUUGAAAAUAAGGCGCCACACACACACACAUACUUUUGCAAUAAUAUCUGAAUUAACUAUUGGCUUCUUUCUGUUUUUCCAAUCAUGUAUAUGUGUCGUAUCUUUGUAUAUGUUUCUUUUUUCCCUUCAAAAUAGGUGG